GCGCAACAAAGGGCCACCUGCGCAGGCGCACGGCGGCCGAGGACAGGCCUGGACACACGCCGGAGAGCGGGCGGGUGCGCGCCAUGGAACAGCGGUUAGCCGAGUUCCGGGAGGCCCGCAAACGGGCCAGUCUGGUAGCCCAGCCUUCCACGUCCAGUCAGAGCGUGCAGACCUCAGGAGCGAAGGCGGAGCCAGCGGCGGCGACCCCAAAGACAGCCACGGGCUGGCUGACACGCUUCCUGAAACGGAAAGCAAACCCCGCCAUCGCUCAGGCUCAGCCCAACCAGCCUCAGGAAGCAGGCCAGCAGCCCCCUGAGAGCCCAGCAGCUCCUCUGCCUUCCUCCUGCCGCCAGUCUUUCCUGACUAACAUCACCUUCUUGAAGGUUCUCCUCUGGUUGGUCCUGCUGGGACUGUUUGUGGAACUGGAAUUUGGUCUGGCUUAUUUUGUCCUGUCCAUGUUCUAUUGGAUGUAUGUAGGGACUCGGGGUCCCGAGGAGAAGAAAGAAGGGGAGAAGAGCGCCUACUCUGUGUUCAACCCGGGCUGUGAAGCCAUCCAGGGCACGCUGACUGCUGAGCAGCUGGAGCAAGAGUUACAGCUUAGACCCCCUCAGGGAAGUAGGACCAGCCCCAGCUGUUCCUCCUAUCCUUGAACAUGGACUUUAGAAGACAAAGGACAGCUUGCAGGGUGGUCAUGUCCUCCACUUUCCCCCUGACCUGCUGCAGUUUCAUCUUUGAACUCCACUUUGAUUUAGGUGAAUUUCUCUAAAGGACACUCAGGGUGGGGCUGGUGCUGUAUAUAAAAGCCAUAAAAGCAGGAAGCCGGUUUGUCUCAUUA